CCUUUCUCUCUCCUUCAGACUCACCGAUCUCUCUCUUUCUCUCUCUCUCUCUGUCCGUUUCCCUUCGAUCCAGAGAGGGUUUUACUGGGGUUCUAACUUCCACCCCAGACGAUUCUUCGGACAAAAACGCCAAACCCUAGAUUUCUGAUUCAAACCCCUAAAAUCUUGCUCUUUCUCUUUCCAUUAUUCAAUUCGAAGCUCCUUGUUUUUGUUUUUGUUUAUUUUCUUCAUUUUCCAAGCUUCGUGUUCUGAGCUCAACACUUCUUACUUUGGUUCACUUGCUCACUGUACUGUAGAUCCAAAACCCUAGAAAAUGACUGCAUUUUUCCAGCUACAGUCCUAAGAGAAGGGUGAUGGAUGAAACUAUGAUUUGUGGGUGAAUGUUAGUAAUCCAAGUUUUGGGGAAUUUGUUUUUGAGGAAUGGUACAUUUGGUUAUAUGUAUGUGACAUCGAAUGAAGUGAUAUGAGGUGUUGAAUAUGAGCGAUGGAGGUCGGGAGAGUGAAAGAGGGCCUGAAAAACCAGCUCCCCAGAGGAAACCUGGUGGCGAAGAAUUUGCCCGAGCAUUCGUGAAGGUUGCGGUGGCACAAAUAUGUGAGAGUGAAGGGUUUCAGAGUUUUCAGCAGUCUGCUCUUGAAACAUUAUCUGACGUUACAGUUCGGUAUAUUCGUGACAUUGGGAAGACUGCACAUGUAUAUGCUAAUCAAGCGGGUAGAACAGAGUCCAACGUUUUUGAUAUUAUUCAAGGGUUGGAAGAUUUGGGUUUGCCACAGGGGUUUUUGGGUGCUUCGGAUAUUGAGCAUUGCCUUGCAAGUUCAGGCACAGUUAGGGAACUUGCCCAGUAUGUUGGCGAAUCUGAGCAGAUCCCAUUUGCCUAUUCUCUUCCACAGUUUCCAGUUGUUAAAGAUCGGAAGCUGACUCCAAGUUUUUUGCAAAUUGGGGAAGAGCCACCUGGUGAGCAUAUACCUGCUUGGUUGCCUGCAUUUCCUGAUCCUGGUACUUAUGCUCAGUCGUCUACUCCAAAUGACAGAACAACAGAACUUAAAAUGGCUAAAAUUGAACAGGAAAACCAGCACAGAAAGCCAGAAAGGUCUUUGUUGAACUUAAAUCAAUGGUUGGCCAGUAAUGAGUUGGAAGGACCCUCCUCUGUUGAUGCUGGAGAUGCUGCUAAAGCAAAACAAGCAGCAGCUAAAGCAAAACAAGCAGCUGAAAGUAACCCAUUUCUUGCCGCACCUCUACAAUAUGGAGAGAAGGAGGUUUCUCCUGUUCUUCCAGCGAAGACUAAGCUUUCAAAUGAUAUGACUACAGGAAAUCCUAUUGUGAAAUACCAUGGCAUGGACAACCAUGUCUCAGUGUUAGAGGCAUUUGCUCCAAAUAUUGAAGUAAUGAAGAGCAGAUUACGUGAUUCUGAGGAGGGACACAAAAAGGUUCUUUUGAACACCAGGCCAACUGUGCAAUUUAGGCUUGGUUCUGGAAAGAAAUACUUAGGUUCAAUGUUAGAUUCAAGCCCACAGAACAAGAGUUUUGAGGUAACUGAAUCCUGGUUUGGGAGGUUAAAUGAAAAGGAUGACAAGAAGAGGAAGGCCGAGCAAAUUCUGAAAGAAUCUAUGGGAAAUUUACAGGAACUGGAUCAUUUGUAAAUUAAGUUUGAUUAGUAUUUGUACACUUGUUUAGGAGACUGGCAGCAGAGGAUGGUUCCAGGGUAGUCAUAGUCAAGGGCAUAAUGUUUUCUGCAUAGGGCAUUAUAGAUUGGAUAUUACAAACUGCCUGAGGAAAAUGUUUCCACUUUAACAAGUUUUUGAGGUAUGUGUAUGUCAGUUGAGAUGGUAGACCCAGUGAAUGAUUCUUUCUAAUUGAAAUUCUUUUUCUUCUCUUA